AUCGGAUUGCGGAAGGAAUUGCUGACUGACAAGAAUGACUGCGAGUCGUCGAAAGCAAGCUGUUGGUGAACCCUAUUUAUUGGAGUUUCACGGGACUGAAUGUGACCACUGUGUAGAUAUGUUACCUCUUGUUCAUAAGAUAGAGAAAGAGUUAGGUGUGACUAUGUUAAAGUUGGAGGUGUGGCACAAUCCGAGAAACAAUCGUCUCUUACAAAAAUUAGACAGCUCUUCGGUCUGUGGCGGUGUUCCUUUUUUUUACAAUAGAAUUAGUAGACAGUUCAUCUGUGGUGCUACUACCUACAAAAACUUACUUUCGUGGGCCAAAUCCGAAGGCUGUGCCCCCUUCCUUCCACCAGAGACAGCUCAAGGACAAGAAGAAGAUCGUUCGAAAAGUGCUUUUGAAAGAUUGCGCUCAAAGGGAAUGGAAAGAUUGCAAGAAAGAUCGAAGCCUAUCGCUCCAGGAGGCUCCAAACCUGAUUCCACAAAGUCUCAGAGUACGGACAGCUCAGGAAGUAAAGAAAGUGGUUUUCUCGGUGUUCCAUUUUUUUUGACUCCAAAGAAGAACAAGAAGAGCCUUCCCUGGUAUGUUUGUCCCAGAACAAAACCAUAAGGGGAAUUAUGUUGUUGAUUUCGAAAUACAUAUGGUCUCAAGGUUAUCUUGAAAGUUUUGGAUAACAUAAAAAGUUGGGUUUUCAUUUUGA